AUGGAUCUUCAGGAGAUAGGAAUUCCGAUGUUAAUCGUAGACGUUCUUUGCAGGGCUUCGACGAGGAAAGCCUCGACUUCUGUUCCUGAGGGCGUUCCGGAGCAAGUGAUCGAGCUUGACUCUCCUCCUUCCUCGGACCAUGACGAGUCUUCCCAUCACGAUGAGAGUGCUUCUCAUCACGAUGAUGGUUUGAGGACUCCGGCGCGUGGUGGUUCGCCUUCUAAGGGGGAUGAGUUCCUCACCCCUGGUGGCGGCGUUCCCUCCUCUGACCGGCGUGAUCGUGGUGGUUUCGAAGGAGGGGAAUCAUCUCGGCGUCCAGGUGAGAAUGAUGAGGCGGUGUCUCGUCACUCGGAGGCGGGUGGUUUUGCUCCUGGCUCGAACCUCCAAAGGAUGGAUGCUUGCGGAGGGGCGACUUGGAUGUCUAAAGUUCAUCCCGGCUUGGGGAUUCCGCGUGAGGAGCUCACCUUUAGGACCGAUUUCGACGAAGCUGCUCAACAUCAUAUUAUGUCUGGCGGGAAGUUCACCGCGUUGGUCCAGAAGUACGAGACGGCGCUUCGGGCAGCUAAGGACGAAGCCUUUGUGUUGCGGCGAGAGCGGGAGAUGGCCAAGGAUGUCGAUACAAUGGUGGCUGAUUUGCAGCAGGAUAAACUGGCGCUUGAGUCGAAGGUCGCGGCGCUGAACAGGGAGAUAGUGAAGACUCUGGACUCCAGGAGGUAG